UUCUGUCAGAAGAGCGGGGCCGUAUAUUACAUACAUUUUAUAGUGGAUGUCGGAGCGGCAUUAUUAGCCUUUUCUUGCCUUCUGUGUAUUUUAUUUUCAAAUGUCCACUACUGUAUCAUGGUUUUUAAUUCUUAUAGACAUUGUAGAAGUUUAAGGUUGCGUUCAUAGCUGGUUUCUAUGUCCUCGUAACGGUGAUUCUUACAAGGAUGGUCACUAGUAUUUGUAUCGCCUCAUGCCAUUAAUGACUUUUAACUGCUAGUUGAACUGAUCAGACAUUUUAUUUCAAUGCCCAGGUUUAACUGAACAUCUACAGAAGGAUGAUCUCUCAGGUCUUCAUUUUGUCCUCAAAGGGCGACCACCUCAUCUACAAAGACUUCCGUGGAGAAGCAGGAAGUGAUGCUGUCAGUAUUUUCUAUGAGAAGGUCACGACGCUGACUGGAGACCAGCCUCCGGUUGUCAUGAGUCAUAAAGAUCUUCACUUCGUCCACGUCAGGCAGGGCGGGCUUUACUGGGUCGCCACAACAACAGCUGACUCCUCCCCCUUCACCAUCAUCGAGUUCCUCAACAGGCUGACCUCUCUGGUUAAAGAUUACUGUGGCAGUCUGUCAGAGAAGUCGGUGCAGAUGAACUUUGCCCUCAUCUAUGAGCUGCUGGACGAGGUCGUGGACUACGGCUACAUCCAGACCACGUCCUCCGACGUCCUGAAGAAUUUCAUCCAGACUGAAGCGGUCUCCUCCCGACCGUUCAGCCUGUUUGACCUCAGCAACGUGGGACUGUUUGGAGCAGAGACGCAGCAGAGUAAAGUCGCUCCCAGCUCUGCAGCCACCAGACCCAUCCAGUCCAGCAGAGAGCAGGGAGGAAAGAGUGAGAUAUUUGUGGACGUGAUUGAGAGGAUGUCGGUCGUCAUUGGCUCCAAUGGAGUGGUGAUGAAGGCCGACAUCGAAGGAGAAAUCAAAGUGAAGUGCUACAUGCCGAGCUGCUCAGAAAUGAGGAUCGGACUGAACGAGGAGUUCAGCAUCGGCAAAUCACAGCUCAGAGGUUACGGGUCUUCUGUUCGUGUCGACGAGUGCAGCUUCCACCAGGCGGUCCGACUCGAUGAGUUCGACAGUAAUCGGAUCCUCCGUCUCUGUCCCAGUCAGGGAGAGCAAACAGUAAUGCAGUACCAGCUGAGUGAUGAUCUGCCUUCAGCUCCUCCAUUUAGACUCUUCCCAACCAUCGAGAGAGACAGCGGAGGAAGGCUGCUGAUGUACCUGAAACUCCGCUGUGAUCUGCCACCAAAAAGUGCUGCUAUCAACGUGUGCGCGUCGAUCCCGGUCCCUAAAGGCUCACUGAGUUUGUCUCAGGAGCUCAGCAGUCCGGAUCAGAGCGCUGAGCUGAAGCUGCAGAGUCGAGCCGUGGAGUGGAAGAUCCCUCGCUUCACUGGAGGGACACAACUGUCUGCCCUGUUCAAGCUCGAGGUCCCGGGUCUCAGCUCGGCCUCCAUGUUGGAGGUCGGUCCGGUCGGUCUGAGCUUCGAGCUUCCCAAACUCACCGCCACGGGACUUCAGAUCCGCUUCCUUCGCCUGUCACCUGUCCAGCCCGGCCCCUCGCAGCGCUGGGUCCGCUACGUCACACAUUCAGACUCCUACAUCAUCAGAGUUUAGCCCCACAAAUCUCUGCUGCAUAGACUCCUCAGUUUUAUGAUGGAGCAGCUGAAUGUCUGAUAAUAAUAAGAGGAGAAACAGACGACAAUAGUGGAGUUCUUCAUCACAUCAACCAAAAUGUGACUUAAAUGAGAACAUGUCCUUGAAAUCACAUUUUUGUAUGUGCUUAUUUAUUUCAACCUAAGAGAUAAUCACACACGUGUAUUUUUAUCUGUCUGUAAAUAAAGACAAAGACACGGAC